CCUACCUAUGCAGGUACCGAGUACUUACACUCUAAGUACCCAUGACCUGUCUGUAAGUACAAAGGGUUCUGUAACAUUGUUUCCAUUAUUAAAUACAUUUAUUUUGAAAAUAACCAAUUCACAAACCAGAGCAAAAUAAUAAAAACAUUAUGCAUUAUUGAUAACUCUUACUUAUAACAAAAAAUAUUCUAUUUAUUUAAACUAACUAUAGGAAAGUACUACAUAAGCUAAACCACUAUAUAAAUAAGAUUCAACUACGAUAUACAAAAGUACUGCUAAAUUUCACAAAAACGUAAUUGUGCCCAAUUCCCCAAAACAAAAAUGCCACACAAACUCCACUAAAAAUUAGAACUAUAAACAAUACUUGCUCAUUCACAUAGAUAAUCUACUUUUUAGACCUUUUCUUUUUUGCUUUCUGCUUCUUCUUCUUCUUCUUCUUGGGCUUCUUCUUCUUCUUCCUUUCGUCCUCUGAUGAGGAACUUAUUGCCGACGAUCUAGUUGAGACGUCUUUCGGUUUUGCUGUUGUCCGUAGAAAAAACAAUACAUUUUAAUUAAUGUCAUUAAUGUAUUACAGCUUGAUCAAUGACCACAUCACAUGUUUAAGGCUUACAAGUAUGUGUAAGGCUGUCGGAGCUUUGUCCAUUACUGUAUUUUCAGUGGUCUGGAUGCUGGUUCCAGCUGGGAAAAAGAAAGAAAAUGACAACAAAUGUGACUGAAUGACUUUCGCGGACUUUCACGUACACACCGGAACAAAACAGCCAAUUCCUGGAUCUUGAGCAUGAAUGUGACACAAGGGCAGCAGUGAGGCGGAACCUUUGUUUGUUCUGGUUGCACCUGGGACCGGUGUGAGGAGACACAUCCCGUGCUCUCUUCAGAAGCAAUGUGGAGAGAAACGCGGUGCAGUGAGACUUCAUUGUUCCUGCUUUAUUCACCUGAUACAGGGCCCCUCCCUGAACCACCAUUAUUGUCUCUUGGUAAAGGACUGAAAAGGCUCAGACUGCAACCACUGAUAUCCUCAAUGCUGCAUGGCUUGUCUGCGCUCUCUAUGGUUGACUUCAGGUUCAGACCUGUGCCAAGAGGUUCACCCCUCUCAUACCAGUGUCCUCCAGUUGUAGCCGUACCCACAAGUCAUGUAUAACACCCAGAUGCACCCGUAUUCUCUGAACUGCCAUAGAAGGCUCAACAUUCCCUACUGUUUUUCCAAACUUUGAGCCAAAUAUGCAACAUGUCCUCCAUCUAAUCAAGGAUAUAAGGUAGUCUAAACACUGUGAGAACCGCUGCAAAAUCUCACAUUGAUAAAGGUUAACUAACAGAGAGUCAUAACAAUAGAGUACAAUAUGCAUUUUCAUAAAUCAACCACUACACGUUCUACAGCAUGUUGAUAACUCAUUGUCUUCAUGAAUGCAUUUUCUGCAUAGAUGGAAUUGUCCGGAUCACUGAAAACCUACACUGGUGUAUCUAUGCCCUCUCUAAAAUGAACCUCGGUGCCUUACUAAAAUGAACAGGUCUACGUAGCAAAACGAACAGGGAAUUUACAACAACAUGUUUUAGACUUGUAACAAUCUCUCAAUCCUGUGUUUUCUGUGUUUUUGGAGUUGCAAUAGCCUGACCUAAAAAGGAAAAACAACAAACAAAAGAGGUUAUUGUGUAGGCAACAGCUUUUUUUUACUUGUUAAGUUAUGACUGAGCAAACUGAAAGUUCAGUAUGCCAACUCUCCAUUAGGAAGCACACAUACUGGUAAGCCUUAAACAUGUGAUGUGGUCAUUGAUCAAGCUGUAAUACAUUAAUGACAUUAAUUAAAAUGUAUUGUUUUUUCUACCGACAACAGCAAAACCGAAAGACGUCUCAACUAGAUCGUCGGCAAUAAGUUCCUCAUCAGAGGAUGAAAGGAAGAAGAAGAAGAAGCCCAAGAAGAAGAAGAAGAAGAAGCAGAAAGCAAAAAAGAAAAGGUCUAAAAAGUAGAUUAUCUAUGUGAAUGAACAAAUAUUGUUUAUAGUUCUAAUUUUUAGUGGAGUUUGUGUGGCAUUUUUGUUUUGGGGAAUUGGGCACAAUUACGUUUUUGUGAAAUUUAGCAGUACUUUUGUAUAUCGUAGUUGAAUCUUAUUUAUAUAGUGGUUUAGCUUAUGUAGUACUUUCCUAUAGUUAGUUUAAAUAAAUAGAAUAUUUUUUGUUAUAAGUAAGUUAUCAAUAAUGCAUAAUGUUUUUAUUAUUUUGCUCUAGUUUGUGAAUUGGUUAUUUUCAAAAUAAAUGUAUUUAAUAAUGGAAACAAUGUUACAGAACCCUUUGUACUUACAGACAGGUCAUGGGUACUUAGAGUGUAAGUACUCGGUACCUGCAUAGGUAGGGAAGGUAGUUACAGGCAAAGUACUCAAUAGUUGCACAGUAAGUGAAGCCAACAAGUGUUCACUUUAUAAUACGGCCCGGUUCCCAGUUGUUGACCAGUAGUUGCAGGUAAAGUGCUGGGUUGUUGCAGUGGAAGUACUGGAUAGUUAGACAGUAAGGAAAGACAAGGGUGAUCUUAAGGGCUGGGUAACUUUAAAAGGUGAAUUGUUGUCUCUGAAAAAUAAAGAUAUUAAAUAAAUAAAGAUGAUUUGUACGUCUGCAUGUCUUGUCAUUAUUAUGUGAAACUCAUUCUCAUCAAUACCUUUCAGUUUAUCAUUGGUCUACACAUUCUGUAGGGGUCCAUGAUGAUUCUUAAGAGGAAGUGGCAUGUCAGGGUUUGUACAGUAAAGGCAUAUGUUCAGGAAAAUGACACUGUUUUGAUAAGUACAUGGUAAAACACGGGAAACUACAGUGUAAGACUCCAGGACUUACACUGUCAGACACCAGCGUUAGUACCCCAUAAGAGUCCGCACAAUGUCAUGCUACAUUUAUGAGAGUUACCCCCACAGUUGAAGAAACUACACAUUAAAACACGUCAAACUAACAUGUAAGACACGAACAUAACUGCCCCUUAAGAGUCCGUAAAAUGUCAUGCUACAUUUAUGAGAGUUACCUCCACAGUUGAGGAAACUACACAUUAAGACAUGUCAAACUACAGUGUAAGACAACAGCACUUACACUGUCAGACACAAGUGUAAGUACUCCUCAGGUUGUGCGAAAUGACAUGUACAUGUCCUACAGUUACCUUCAAAGUUGAGGAAACUACACUGUAAGAGACGGGAAACUACUCUGUAAAACACGGGCCGUGUUAUAAAGUGCUUAUAAAGUGCUACCAAAAACAGAUGUUAUUGACUCAAGUUUACAUUUUUUAGUUCAUUUGGCAGUUGAAUGACUGAAUUUUCAAAGGCGGUUUUAGAUGUAUUUCACAAAACUAGAGGUAGACAAAUAGUCUGCAUGUGAGCCUGUAGCCCUGAGAUAAAGAAGAGCCCCUCAAAUGGCUAUCUCUUUUAUCAUGACCGACAAAACAGAAGCUUAAAUUGUGUGUGGUCGGGCAUUUUUCAUGCUGCUGGGACCUCUGUCAGAAGUAGGAAGUGUGGGCUUCUGUGUUUGUUCCACUGGAUUCUAUUGGUUCUAAAGAGAAGACUGGCUGUGCUCGUCUCACUGGCCACUCCUCACAGAAACCCACUUCACUGAACUUAUUCUUUGAGAGAAGCUGGCAGUUUUAUUUCAGAGGAGAAAACGCCUGCACUGCUCAAGGUAAGGUGUGAAUACGGUGUUAAUGAACUGGUUAUUAAUGCAGUUGAAUCUAGAGUCAUACGAUUAUUUUACGAAAAAUCUUAGCUUUAAGGCAAAUGUUAUGCAAGUACUUCCCCUUGUAUGUUGUGUUUUUAUUUAUUGUUUAGUGUUUGGUAGGAAAUGUAUUUGACCCCAACCAUCUGGUAUAGGUUUUUCUAUUCACACUAUUGGUUUUGCCUCAAGUAGAUGAUUAUAAUUUGGAGAUAAAAUACUUUAAAAUACUUGUCAUGAAAAAUAUAUUUCUCAUAUUGUAUGUUGAUUGUAUCUUGGUAUAAACAUUAGUGUGUUUAAAUACCAACAGGUAGUAGAUGUAAAUUGGUUUCAACAUUGGACAAAAUAUAAUAAAAUUACACCCAGCAGGCAUAAAUUGCAACAUGUGGCCAGCCCUGAGUUGUACUUUGUCAGUUUUAUGUGGGUGCUGUUUUAGUAGCUCAUGUGUUGGAAAGUUUUGUGACUUUUACUCGACAUUAUUCUGCCAGAAAUGUUACUUGUUAGUUUUAACUAGGCCUACUUGUAUCUAGUUCAGAGUGUGGAGUGUAUUGUAUUGAACUUGAGCUUCAAAGUUUCAUUUAUUAAGAAAAGAGAAAAUAAUUGUAAAAUUAAAAUACAUCUGUGAAUGCAUUGCAAGACACCUUUAAGGUAAAAAAUAAAGAAUUUCUUAAAAAAUAUUCAAAGCAAUUUUAUAUUUUGCAUGUCAAUUCAUUGCCCACAUUUUUGCUUGUAUUUAUAUUUUUGUGAAUUUCAUAAGUAAUCUGUAAGAUAAGAAGGAGAAAUUACAGAUUUUCCCAUCAGUCUAUUUGCAUGCUAGCAUGCAUAGCUGUGGUAAACACUUCUUUAACACUGGUACGUCAUUCUGGUGUGUUAGCAUGGCAAAGUUAGUACUUAGCUUAAAACACUGCUGUGCUAAAGCUUUUAGGUUGGAAGUAGGGUUUAACUUUGAAACUCUACAGGUUCAAUGUCUAACAUGUCAGGCAAUAAUCCCUCUUGGUGAAACCCAGUGUAUAUUUUAGAAGAAAGUAGUGAACAUGUAUCCCAUAUAUGUUUAUGUCCUGCAUUUAACAUAACUCAGCAACAUGUUUUCUACCACAUUAUUCGCUGACAUACACUGAAUUAAUGCCCAGUUUUUAUAGGUGUUGAAAUGGACCCACAACCGAACUCCCAGCUGAAAGUAACUCUGAUAAACUCUGGGAACAAACUGGGACUCGUUCAGGCCAAACCUCAGGAGAGGGAGCAGUGGUCCAACAAGCUGGAGUUCAUCCUGGCAGUGGCUGGACACAUCAUCGGCCUGGGAAAUAUCUGGAGGUUUCCGUACCUUUGCUACAAAAAUGGAGGAGGAGUUUUCUUGAUUCCUUAUGUCUUGUUUUUGUUCACCUGUGGGAUCCCGCUCUUCUUCUUGGAGACAUCUUUGGGCCAGUUCACCAGUCAGGGUGGAAUAACAUGUUGGAGAAAAAUUUGCCCCCUUUUUGAAGGCUUAGGUUACGGAAGCCAAGUGGUUGUUUUGUACACUGGGGUGUAUUACAUCGUCAUACUGGCUUGGACAUUUCUCUACCUGUUUUCAUCCUUCAGGACUGAGCUUCCAUGGGCGAGCUGUGACAACAGCUGGAACACAGAUGGCUGUGUUGAACAUGAUCACAAUGAGACGUCCCCUCAGCUCCUAUAUGGAAAUAGCACAUCUUCAGUUGUAGAGUUUUGGGAGAGGAGAAUAUUAGGCCUGUCUGAAGGAAUUGAUCAGAUUGGCAGUAUUCGCUGGGACCUGGCUCUCUGUCUACUUCUUGCCUGGGUAUUGUGCUACUUCUGUGUCUGGAAUGGAGUCAAGUCCACAGGGAAGGUGGUGUACUUCACGGCCACGUUUCCGUACGUGAUGCUGGUGGUGCUGCUUGUUCGUGGUAUAACAUUACCGGGGGCCCAAGAAGGGAUCGUGUUCUACCUCUACCCAGACUCGUCUCGCCUCACCGAUCCCGAGGUGUGGAUGGACGCUGGCAGCCAGAUUUUUUACUCCUAUGGAGUUUGCACAGGUGUUCUGACAUCACUGGGAAGCUACAACAAGUACAACAACAACUGCUACAGAGACUGUGUCUACCUGUGCCUGUUAAACAGUCUAACCAGCUUCGUAGCUGGCUUUGCCAUCUUCUCAGUACUGGGUUUCAUGGCAAAGGAGCAAGGUGUGGAUAUAUCGAUGGUGGCUGAAUCAGGCCCAGGGUUGGCAUUCAUUGCUUAUCCUCGUGCUGUGGCGUUGAUGCCGCUUCCUCAGCUCUGGGCGAUUUUCUUCUUUGUUAUGAUCAUCUUCUUGGGGUUGGAUAGUGAGUUUGUAUAUCAGGAGGCGCUGGUCACAACCAUCUCCGACAUGUAUCCUUCCUUCUUCCAAAACAGCUGUCGUCGUAAACUCCUCCUUCUUGCCAUUAAUGUUGCAAGUUUCCUUGUUGGCCUUUUCAUGGUGACAGAAGGAGGCCUAUACAUUUUCCAAUUGUUUGACUACUAUGCCUGCAGUGGAAUGACUCUUCUACUGUUUGCUGUCCUCCAGUCUUUCUGCAUUGGAUGGGUUUACGGUGCAGAUCGUCAGUAUGAUAAUAUCAAGGACAUGAUUGGAUAUCGACCGUGGCCUUUCAUGAAAUAUUGUUGGCAGUACUUCACGCCAGCUAUCUGCACUUGCACAUUUCUCUUCUCCUUGGUCAAAUACACCCCGCUGAAAUUCAACAACACCUAUGAAUACCCCUGGUGGGGCUAUGCACUUGGAGGAUUCUUCACUCUUUCGUCAACCCUCCUGGUUCCUCUGUGGAUGUUAUAUGCUGUGUGCAUAACUCCAGGAACACUAAAACAGAGACUGAAACUUCUGUGUACCCCAUCAAUGGACGUUCCAAGAGCCACAAAGAAAGCAUCAAACCAUGAAGCAUUUCAGACGUUCACAGAGCUUCACACUCUGCGCACGACAGAACGUUCCACUGACAAAGAUGGCAGAACUCAGACAUUAUCUGUUAUUUAAACAGCAAUGAAUGAAAGACUUGAAAAGCGAGCAAUGCAGAUUUUCUACUUGGCAGCCGAGAAUAUUUCCACUGGGAGUAAGCUUAACAUUCCUUCACUAACACUACUAAACUUUGUCAACUCAGCGAGAGAGCAUCACUGAGUUCAUCCGUUAUGUAUAAAUGCUGUUUUGAGUCAACUUAAGACGUUUUUGCCCUAGACUUAUCCUCUAAGGCUACAUGCAUGGUGUGCUGUCUUCUUAAUGGAGAGUCCUGGAGCACUGUGCACCUUGUAAAGAGCUGCAGACACAGCUCAGGUCUGGAAAAAGCCCUCAACUUCAAAAACCUUCUGAAAAGACACUGGAACUGAUCAUCACUCAACCAUAAUGCAGAAAAGGGCAGAUCUCUGUAGCAAAGAAGUAAAUGAAACAUUGAUUUACCUUAAAGGUUCAUUGUUGAUGAAAUGUGUCAUUACUUUGGUCUCACUGCUGUGUAGGCCUGGUUAUCUCUGCACUCUUCAUUAUCUACGUGCCCCGGCUGAGGAGUGUCUACUGACUUCAUGAGAAAACUUUGAACUGCAAUACUGACUCUUCAUGUCUCUGCUUUAUCACCCUUGAUCAUAUUUUAAUAAAAUACGAAUCUUGUUGCACAUUUCA